AUGAAUAGAUUUCCAGAAGCAUUAGAAUAGUAUAAAUUAGCAAUUAAUAAUAAUCGAGAAAAUUCUAUAUACUUCUUUAAUAAAGGUAUGAAAAAAUAAAUAUUAAAUUUAAGCUGCUACUUUAAAUUAAAUGAAUAGAUUUGAAGAAGCAUUAGAAUAUUUUGAUUAUGCUCUUUAGAGAAAUUAAAAUGAUUCAAGUUAUUAAACAAAUAAAGGUAUAAGCAAGAAACAAAUAUAAUUUUUUUAGCAGAAGUUUUAAUUUAAUAAAGCUAGGGCUGUUAUGUUAAAAAAAAAAAAAAAUUUUAAGAACCUCAAUAAUAGGAGAAUAAUGUAAUUCAGAAUAACCUAGAUAAUUCAAACUAUUAAUCUAUUAAGUAAUAAAAUAUUAAUAAUUUUUUUAGCUUGA